AUGUCUGAGGACUGGAGAAAACGGCUGGAUGUAGUCGUUGGGUUGGAGAAGGAGAAGAGGGUCCUUGUUUGGUGGCAGCCCUUCCUUCCGGCCGGUCGCACGGUCCCCUCCGGUAUUUGCCUCCGAUACGCGACCGUCGAGUCGCCUGUCAUCGUCGCCAAGCCCCCGCCCCCUCCACCAGUGCCCGAAAGCGUGGUGCAUUCUGCACUCGACAGCGUCGUGCUGAACACACUCGCCCACCAGCCGUCCGGCUCGCGCACGAGUCUCCCGCAGCUCGUUCAGCAGUACCUCGAGCGCUCUGGCCGCGUGCUCGACCAGCAAUUACCCUACGAGCCCCAGCCCUCCCAGCCGCGUCGCGUCAACUUUGACGCUAGCCAGUCUGAGGACAGAGGCGUCCAUUUGAUCGCGCACUGCGUACAGGAAGGCAAUCGACACAAAGUGACCCUUUCUUCUGGCUUUGCUUUGAACGCACCUGGAGACCACAUGAAUGAAUCUGUCAUUGUCACAUGUGCUCAUACACUUGAGGAGAUACGAUGGUCCCCUCUCCUAGUUUUACCUCCAGGCUCGCAACCCUUCUUGGCGCCCCCUGAUCUGCCCGGCGCCCGCUCCUCCGGCACUGUUGUCUUAUCUGGGACGCCCACGGGUCCAGCUCUUCACCCGGUCACUGCUGUGCUCUCCUCUUUACAUCGCUCCGACCUCCUUCUCCUGUCUAGGGCUGGGCCCUCCAUACCACCAUUACCAGUAUCCCCAUACCCUGCUAAGCCAGGGACAAUUGUUCGCGCACACUUUUUCAGCGAUGUGCGGCCGCAGGGCGAAGACGGGGAAGGGUGGGUGCCCUGGAUAGGUGGGUCGUGGGUCAAAUGGGUCAGAGGCACUGUCCUUGGCUACAGAGACUUUGCGGGACGGGAAGCGCAGCCAGGAACGUACGACAGCCUCUCACACAUGCUCUUCAAGCCCCCACCUACAGCGGGAUCGAGCGGCGGCCCUAUUGUUGACGAGGAAACGGGAGCAGUCGUCGGCGUCAUGCUUGGAACAAGGAUGGAUAAUAGGGUAGAGGGCGUUCGUGGCUGGGGCGUUCCGGCUGAAGCUAUCUUCGAGAUGUUCUCGCUCCCUGGUUUAAAUCUCAAGCGGUGA